AUGAGUUGUGAAGACUCUGAACGUAAAAUAUCUAUAGAAUUGAGUGAACAGGAGAUUAAUUUCACACUUAUUAAACACUUGAGAUGUCUAGAAUUUUUUCUGAUAGAACAACACAACACAAUUUCUAGCAGUUUUUUAGCAAACUUUCAUUUCAUAAUAAUCACUUUCAUCAUGACAUUUUAA